CGCUCUGAUUGGAUGCAAUCUGCCCAGUCGGAAGUCUGAGACCUAGGACAGUCUUCAGAGCAGGAUGUAAAUAAUAAAUCGCAAGUUGCUUUCGUGGGGAUUUAAAUGUAGUUAAACUGGAACUGUAAAUAUCCCCUGGACUUAGAAUAGGCGAGCAUGAGAUAUAAAAAUAUCACAGAAUGUGAGCACUGGAGUUUGUGAUAUCAUUCUGUAGCAAUGGAUAAUAAAGAAAAUGACACCGGUUUCCCCAGCUUCAAACAGUUGGAACACUUCCUUGUAGAGCAUGACUCUAAUUUUGUGUGGCUGCUUGUUGCUACCAUUCUAUCCUGUGGCUGGAUUAUUUAUUUAACAUAUUACAACUCCAGGAAUGUGGGACUGAUUUUAACAUUGAUUCUUAACAGACUAUAUAAAAAUGGACACAUCCAUAUUGGCUCAUUUUCCUUCUCUGUGCUGUCUGGAAAGGUCAUGUUCAGGGAUAUUUAUUUCAUCAAUGAGGACAUGUCUAUCAGAAUUCAGGAUGGCUUUCUUAUAUUUCGAUGGUGGAAAAUGUAUAAUCCCAAACAAAAGCAGCAUGAUCCUAAAGCAGAAACAAGACUCCACAUAACUGUGAAUGGGUUUGAAUUCCAUGUGUACAACCGAACUGACCUUUAUGCACGCUUGCAAGAAAUUUUUGGGUUGGAACCGACCAUCGUUCCACCUAAAAAGGAAAAAGAUGAAAGAGAAAAGACCCAUGAGAGUGUUCAAAUUAAAACCGAAACACAAGACCUGUUUUCCACAUGGAUAUCCCUCAUCCCUGUUAUCAAAGUUAACAUCAGCACUGGUCGUUUGGCCUUUGGAAAUCAAUGUCUGCCCCAGACGCUCUGUGUAAAUUUUGAUGAUGCCUUCCUGACAUACACCACCAAACCUCCUUCCAGUCACCUUGACCAGUUUAUGCACAUUUUGAAGGGGAUUUUAGAAAAUGUCCGCGUUAUGGUUGUUCCUAGUCCCAGAUAUGUUGGCCUUCAAAAUGACGAGCCUCCAAGGUUGAUGGGAGAAGGCUUUGUGGUAAUGCAGUCUAAUGAUGUUGACAUCUACUAUUACAUGGAUGAGCCAGGGCUUGUUCCAGAAGAAAUGGAAAACAGGGAGGCAGAAGCUUGUAAUGAAGACACACAACUUCAGGAUUUGCCUCCUUGUUGGGGGCUGGACAUUGUUUGUGGCAAAGGAACAGAUUUCAACUAUGGGCCCUGGGCUGACAGGCAGAGGGAUUGCUUAUGGAAGUUCUUCUUCCCUGCUGACUUCCAACCCAUGAAAGUCACAGAGAUUGCAAAACCAGGAAAACCCAGACAGAUCCUAGCUUUUGAGUUGCGCAUGAACAUUAUUGCAGAUGCCACAAUCGAUCUGCUCUUCACCAAAAACCGGGAGACCAAUGCUGUACAUAUAAAUGUUGGGGCUGGUUCGUAUUUGGAAGUUAAUAUCCCUGUGACUGUGGGGGAAACUGGCUACUCACCCACAAUUAAAGGUCAGCUUUUGCAUGUGGAUACAACCAGCAGCAUGCAAUAUCGGACUCUGUUGGAGACAGAAAUGCUAGCUUUUCAUGUCAAUGCCAGCUAUCCAAGGAUUUGGAACAUGCCACAGGCGUGGCAGUGUGAAAUUGAAGUCUACAAGGCAACAUACCAUUUCAUCUAUGCUCAGAAAAACUUUUUCACAGAUUUGAUACAGGACUGGGCUAGUGAUAGUGUGCCUGAUGUCUACUCCUUUGUCCCAUAUUCCUGGAAGUUCAAAGUCAUGUUUCACCAGUUUGAGAUGAUCUGGGCAGCAAAUCAGCACAACUGGAUAGAUUGCUCCACAAAACAGCAAGAAAAUGUUUAUCUGGCUGCCUGUGGGGAAAGGCUCAAUAUUGAUUUCACUCUGUCAUUUAUUGAGUUUGUUCCAGCUACAUGCAAUACCAAAUUUUCUUUAAGGGCUGAAGAUACAGAUCUCCAGUUAUCGUUGCCAGAUUGCCACCCCAGUAGGUACUCCCUUCUUACUUUGGCGAAGAAUUGUCAGCCUAACAAAAUCCCUCCAGAGGGCUGCAUUACAACUGAGAGUCAAGGGGGUCCUAAACAAGGAAAGCCAAGGUGGAGGAAUAUUACCCAUUCAGAAGAUGGCUGGGUUGAUUGCUGGACUGUACCAAGCCUGAUGCUCAUGAUUGACUACACGUGGCAUCCAAUCUAUCCUCAAAAGGCAGAUGAACAAUUGAAGCAAUCCUUGUCAGAAAUGGAGGAAUCCAUGCUUUCAGUACUCCGACCAUCACAGAAACCAGAAGACAGAACAGCUUCCUCACCUAACCAGCCCAACGGGUUUCCACUUGAUCCAUCAGAACUGCCACCAGAUAGACUUCACGUGGAGCUGGAACUUUCUCCUGACUCACAAAUUACACUUUAUGGACCAAUGUUGAAAUCACUUCUUUCUAUAAAGGAGAAUUACUUUGGGGAAGAUGACAUGUAUACGGAUUUCGAGGAGGCGGUUUCAAGCCCUGUGAUGCCACUUUCCACCUCCUCCAGCUCUGGGUGGACAACAGUGGGAGUUGAGGACCGUGAUAAGAAGGAUAAUGAAAACAGAAGCAAGCAAAUCCACCCACUCACCCUUCGCCCCUGGGAGAUCACUGUACUCAUUAAUUUAUACAAGGUGCAUGGUCGGCUCCCAGUGCACUGCAGCAGUGAUGGCUCUGAAUGCCCCACAGCUUACAUGGAGAGACUGUGCUUUGAAAUGAAAAAAGGUUACAAAGAAACAAUGCUGCAGCUUGUGCUGUCCCCAGUACACAUCUUCAUGAGUGACAACUAUCAGAGGCCGGCAACUGAUGGAGUACUCCGAGAAGGCCACAUCAGUCUAUCGGGGCUACAGCUCCGGGCACACGCAAUGUUUUCAGUUGAGGGCUUACCUUUGGGAAGUGAUUCGCUAGAAUAUGCCUGGUUGAUUGAUGUACAGGCUGGAGCUUUGACAGCUAAAGUGACGGUUCCACAGCUGGCAAGCCUGCUGGAGUGGGGGGAGACAUUUGUCUUCCAUGUGGCGUCUCGUGAGUUUGAGCUUGAAAGACCAAAGUCUGUGGUAAUCUGCCAACAUGGAGUAAAUCGCCGCUUCUGCGAGGCUAAGCUGACUUGUGUCCCUGGGCCAUGUCGGACUUCAGAAGACGUGAAGUACACCAUGACCCGACUUGCAGUAGAUGGUGCAGAUCUAUUUGUUGUGGAACAAGGGUGUGCAGCCAACAUUAAGACAAGUGCCAUUCGCCUUGCCAACUGUAACCUCCAUAACCAAGCAGUAGGAGAAGGAAUAAGUGCUGUGAUUCAGGAUGUCCAUAUAAGGCAGUACAUUGAACAGCAGGAUAACUGCAGACUGGGAGUUCAGCCCUCAGUUCUGCGCAGGUCCUACUGGCUGGAGGCAGGUUCUGUCAACUUCGGACUGAUAACCACGGAUGUGGCCCUGGCAGCAGAUCAUCCCUCCAAACAUGAAAUUCAAAGACAUUUCUUAGAAAUGCACGACAAUAGGACUAAAAGGCUCUGGUUCCUUUGGCCAGAAGAUGUUAGGAAUAAGAGAAGCAGGAAUAAGUGUGGCUGUUUAGGAGGAUGUUGUUUUUUUGGAGGCACUGCUGCAGCAGUGGACUUUUUCAAGCUUGAUGAGAUGACGCCCUCCAGUAGCUCUGAUUUUUCCAGCUCCAGUGCAGACUCAAUGUGCUAUGGGCAGUCCCUGCUGCAGCCUGCGGAGUGGAUUAUCACCAAGGAGGCACCCAAACUCCCAGAGGGUAAGACAAAUGGAACAAAGAGAAAAGAGUGGGUUACACAAUCGUUGGGAGCUGACCUGGAGAAGAAAGGUAAGGUCCUGAACUUGCAGGUUCCACUGCACUCUCAUAGUUCCACCUCAUCUUCUGAUGAGAACAGCAGUUCCAGUGCAGCACUCCCCCUGCUGGCCAGCGAGAAGAACAGCCCAUCUCCCUGCACUGAUGAACACAUUGAGCAUGUGGAGUUCACACCUGGGUCGAAACCACAGGAUGUCAGUGGAGAGGUUCUUGCUGAAGCUCCAGAGAGCACUCCUGUCUCCCCCAGCAGCACCCAGGAGCGAUCUUCGCUAUGCUCUCCACUGAAACACCAGGCCUCUGUCAGUUCUACUCGUCUGGGAAGCACCAAGAGCCUGUCCGCAGCUGUCUUUGGUGAGAAGCAGCUCCCCCCAGCUGGAGUGCAGUUUAAUAACGAUGUGACCCGCAGCGAUGAAAAUGUAUUGGAUUCACCCAGGGAGAGGCGGAGCUUUGGUUCCUUCCCCUUCACCCCCUCAGCAGACUCCAACACCUUCCACCAGUACCGCUCCAUGGACUCCAGUAUGUCAGUGGCCGAUAGCGAAGCCUACUUCUCUGCACCAGAGGAGUUUGAGCCUAUUGGCAUUGAUGAAUGCCCAGGGACCUACACUAGGAGGAACAAGAAAAAGAAACGUGCCCAAAAGAUCAACUACAGCAGGAACUCCAUUUACCACAGCGCUGAGGGGCCGCUGACAUAUGUCCUAAAUGGGGAGACCAAUCAUGAGCCCAGGCCUUUGCCCAUCUCCAUGCACCCCUCUCAGGCAUCCUUUGUGUCCGCACUAGGGGUGGAGGAAGAAUCUGCUGAACAUGUGUACUCUGUAGAAAUGGAAAAAGUCCCAGAGGUUGGCCAGAUGACAUCCCAGCCACAUGUGAUGGACUGCUACCAGAACUACCUUUCUCGUUACCAGGUGUUUAACUGGUCGGUUAAACAGCCAACCAACAAGAGAACCUCCAAAUCUUCUUUACAUCGCCCGCUGGAUCUCAACAUGCCAACCAGCGAGGAGAGUUCCUCUUCAUUCGACCAGCUUUCCAUUCCAACAUUUACGAUUGUGAAGCAUGGCCUUGCUGCUAAUUCUUUAUUGGACAGAGGUGUUCAACUCAUGGGAUCAUCAUCGAGCACACCUUACACUCCAUUAGAAAAGAAGGCUAUGGAAAACACUGAUGAUGAAACAGUCACUGAAGACUGGACUCUGGAUCAGCCUCUGUCUCAGACGAGAACCACUGCUAUAGUAGAAGUGAAGGGUGCUGUGGAUGUUGUCUUGACACCUCUCGUGGCCGAGGCUUUGGACAGGUACAUUGAGGCAAUGGUUCAUUUUGCAAGUAACAGGCAUCCUGCUUCCAUAUUGGAUGAUCUGCAUGGCAAGGUGCUAAGUGAGGCAUAUCAGAUCAGCAAAUCCACUGUCUCCGACUCAGUUUCUACAAAACAUGAAUCCAGGGGAUCGAAGGUAGAGAAUGCUGCACCUGGAUCUACAAACUCGGGAAACAUGCAAACUGACUUGUCAGCAAAUCAGGAUAAUGUGAAAAUCAAAGGUCUCCAGGCCAACGUUUCUAUACCGAAGGUAAACCUGUGCCUACUGCAAGCAUCUAUUGAAGAAGGUUCUCCUUCGAACUCAAGUAAAAAUGUGACUCAUGUUUCCCUUGUGGCAUUGUGUUUCGAUAGAAUCGCUACACAAGUCCGAAUGAAUAGGGGUGUUGUAGAAGAAGGACCAAUUAACACAGAACAUGGCAGGCCCUCUGUAUCCUUUGAGAAAUAUGCAUCUGCCACUAAAAUGCAGCCCCAGUCCUCAGGUUCCCUGAGGUCAAACGCCGGGAUUGAGAAAGGGAAAGAGAUUGCAGCUAAGCUCAAUAUACAUCGCAUCCAUGGCCAACUGAGAGGUCUCGACACAUCAGACAUAGGCACCUGUGCAAUCACUGCCAUUCCAUUUGAGAAGUCCAAAGUGCUGUUUAGUCUCGAGGAGCUGGAUGAGUUUACCUUGGUGGAUGAGACUGAUCCACAGGGGGGUUCUGAUCUAACACGAACAGCAGCCAGCCUGGAGAAAUGGGGAUGGAUCAUGUUCGAGUGUGGCAUUGAAAAUGUGACCGUGAAAGGAGGAAGACAGUCGGGGGCUAUUUUAUACAGUGCCUUUGGGGUUAUGGGUAAAGCGGAUGCCCCUGAACGGAAUGGCUUGCUGAAGUCAAAUGGGUCUUCUGGCUCACAGACUGGCAGUGGCUACAGCACUGAUGUGUCUGAAGAUAACCUACCACAAGAUGUGGCGAGUCCGUCCUCGGACGUCAAUGGGAAUUCAGACUCGGAUGAGCAGGAUGAAGGUGUACAAUCUAAUGAUUUGAAGAAAGAUUUGACGCUCUUGUCGCCACCUCCUGACUCCAGCAGCAUGAAGCUCAUGAUAACAGAAAUCUGGUUCGGUUUUGCAGCUCCGACGAAUGUGCGCUCAUCUGCCCAGGCAUUCUCAAGGCAGCUGAAUCUUCUAAGCACAGCAACCCCUGCUAUUGGGGCCUGGCUGGUUCCAAUUGACCAGCUGAAAUCCUCUCUGAAUAAGCUGGAGACUGAAGGAACUCUUAGGGUGUGCGCAGUGAUGGGCUGCAUCAUGACUGAGGCUUUAGAGAAAAAGAGUAUUCACAUUCCUUUGAGAAGCAAGUACAACAGAGUUAGUAAACAGGCACGUUGUCUCCAGGAAAAUCCUUCCUGUUUACUGUGUAAUAUUCUACACCGCUAUCUACAGCUGGCAGACUACUCCAUUAUUGAAGAAGCCACCAUGAAUGAUGGCCUUCCUGCUCUGGUGACUUUAAAGAAAGGUUUGGUGGCCUUGGCCAGGCAAUGGAUGAAGUUCAUUGUGGUCACUCAAGGGUUUAAAGCGAUUGGGUUACUCAGGCCAACACAGUUGCCCAAGCCUCAGGAACAGUUGCAGAAGGCAUAUGAGACUGGCCAGGGACUGGACAGUGGGGGAGGCUUAAAGAGCGACACCAGUGCUGAUGGGGCUGAGUUUGAGUUUGAUGCAGCUACAGUAAGUGAACACACAAUGCUGUUAGAAGGGACUAGUGCUCACCCUGUGCCUGCAGGUGUUACCUCAGGCCCGGUCAGCGGCUCUGAGAUUAUGAGAAAAUGCUCCAAGUCUCAUAACCACACCGAAUCUCCUCUUAAAAUAAAGGGUGUCCAUCCAUACCAAUCUCUUAGUUACACUAGUGGAGAUACAGCCACAGAUUCCCCUGCCCAUGUCAGCCAGACUGCGUUGCCUGUGAAGGACAGUCCCAGAAAGGAGAGCCUCCUCAGCUACCUUACAGGAAGCUACCCCAGUCUGCACAACCUCCUGGAAGCAACCCCGCAGAGAAACACCACAGGCAAGAAAAGCAGCUCACUCACCAGGACAGCUAACAACGUUGCUCCAGAUAUGCUGACAGAGCACCCAUUGUUAACUGAGCCGUCUUCUGUGAGCUUCUAUAAUUGGAUGUCGAAUGCUGUGGGUAACAGAGGAAGUGUGGUACAGGAGCCUCCUGUCACAAGAUCAGAGCACAAUAGCCUUCAAACAGGUGUUACAUAUAACCUUCCUACAAUACCGUCUGCUUCAAACUUUAAUACUGUACUGUCCAGUGAUCAAAACACCCUAGAUGGCACACAUUCUCAGCUCAGUACCAGCCAGGAUGAUAUCGCUGUUAUAGAGGAAAUGAAUCAGGGACCCCUAGCAGUACAGUUGGCUGAUGCACAGGUUGUAUUUAAACCCUUACUAAGCCACACCGGUAUUCAGUCUCAAGAUACUGCACCACUAAGAUACAGAAUGUAUUUUGGCGAGCAUCUUUCGUUUUCUGGAACUCUGGAAUGUCUCCGAGCAGAUAUUGUCGAUUCAGAUACAUCUAAGGAGAGAAAGAAAAGAUCAAAAAGACGGGGUGCAAUGAAUCCUCCUCCUUUGGACUUCAAGCCUGCCCUGAUGUUUGAAACCUUCAGUAUUAAUGCUGUAGUAAUGGAGAAAUCCAUAAGCACUCCCCAAAACUCCACCAGUGCACUUUCUUUCCAUGACCUCAACAGACGGCAUUACAACACCUUCCAUUGCAACUUCACAAUAUCUUGCCAGUCUAUCAGCCAACAUGUCGACAUGGCACUAGUCCGGCUCAUACACCAGUUUAGCACCAUGAUCGAUGACAUCAAAGCCACCCAGACUGACAUCAAGCUGAGCAGGUACACUGCAGGAUCCACCUCUCCCACCCCAACCGUCAAAACCCAAAAACACAGGGACAUCCGCUGCUCAGACUUCAGCCGCAGCUCGCGGGGCAGCCAUAAUGGGGGCAGCAGAGGAAACAACAAGAAGAACUAUCGUGCAGGGAAUGAGAAUAAUAAGAAAGAACCGCGCAACAAAAACUCGCUGGGCCGCUCGGAGAGGAGGACCUCUAAGCUGUCUCGGAAAGGGUCCAAGGAGGCAGCUGAUCACAUGACCAUCCAGAUGGAUGACUCCGAUUCCAUUACUGUCUCUGAGCAGAGCGAGACUUCUGCAGAGUGCUGGCAAAACAUGUAUAAACUGCUUAACUUCUACUCCCUGAUCUCUGAUCCAACUGGCAUUUUGGAGAAGACCUCCCCCGGCCUCCCAACAGAUGGUGGUCGGACCUCUUCAGAAUCAACAUGUAAAGUAGUCUUUGAAAAUGAGCAGGAUAGGAGCCUGGUCAGCACAGAGCCCCAGCAUGUCACUCUGAUAGUGUUUGGGAUCGGUAUGGUGAACCGCACUCACCUUGAGGCUGACAUUGGAGGCUUAACGAUGGAAGCAGAUCUUACAAAAAUCCAUGGCAGCUUCACACUGAAAGAAAAAAUGAAAGAUAUUUUGCACCAAAAGAUGACGGAGACAUGUGCCUCUGCUCACAUUGGUGGGGUUAAUAUAGUGUUGUUGGAAGGAAUCACACCAACUAUUCAAACUGUAGUAAAAUGCAACAUUGCCAAAUCUCAGGCACUGUAUAGUGCCCAGAGAGGAUUGAAAACAAACAAUGCAGCUGUUUUCAAAGUGGGCACCAUCGUUAUUGACAUCCCACAACACCCUGCUACCCUGCACAGUAUGAUGGUGCGCAGCUCCCAUCAGCUCUCCAAGCAGAUCUCAGACCUCAUUCGACAGCCAUCCACAAUGCCUCAGCCUCCAAGGGAAGAUGUUUUGACUCCCCAUUCCUCUGAAAAGACCACCUCAAGUGUUAACCAGACCCCAGUCGAAGCCAAUGAGUUUCCGCAGCUGCCAGAGGGCUUGGAGAAGAAGCCAAUAGUUCUCAAAUUCAGUGCCAUGUUAGAUAGUAUCACAAUAGGCGCAGCAUUAUUGCCAUCGCUUAAAGCAGAAUACAAAAUGGGCCAAAUGAAAAGCCAUGGAGUGACAGGUGCACAAACAAGGUUUACAUUUGAGCUGCCCAAUCACAAACUGCAAUUUCAAUCUAAAGUAUCACCGGUUGAUAUGUCGUCAAUGCCUCCUUCAGCCAGUUUAAAUCUGCCACCAGUCACCAUGUCUGGAGAAUAUAUAAUGGAAGAACAUGAUAGCCAUUCUGAUCAGCCUUGGAGUGCAGAUAACUUUCCAUCCAAACGGGGCAACUACCUCCAAGGAAACUACCUGCGUUGUGUGGCUGAGAUUGGUUCAUUUGAGCACAACCUGACAACAGAUCUGUUAAACCACCUGGUGUUUCUGCAGAAGGUGUUCAUGAAGGAAGUGAAUGAAGUGAUACAGAAGGUUUCAGGAGGAGAACAACCUAUACCUCUCUGGAAUGAACAUGACAUUUCAACUGAUGGAGAUAAACCCAAAAUCCUGUUAUAUUCUUUGAACCUCAUGUUUAAGGGUAUUCAGGUUACUGCUACAACUCCAUCCAUGAGAGCAGUGAGAUUUGAGACCGGUCUCAUUGAGCUGGAGCUCUCCAACAGGAUCCAGUGUAAAGCUCAGCCUGGAAGCAGCAGCUACCUGAAACUUUUUGGGAAAUGUCAGGUGGACCUGAAUCUGGCAUUGGGGCAAAUCGUUAAACAUCAGGUUUAUGAAGAAGCUGGUUCAGACUUCCACCAUGUAGCUUAUUUCAAAACAAGGAUCGGCCUAAGAAACGCUCUUCAGGAGGAAAUUAGCUACUCAUCUGAUAAAGAAGCUGUGCUUAUCACUCUGAACAGGCCUAUAGUAUAUGCACAGCCUGUGGCAUUUGAUAGAGCUGUGCUUUUCUGGCUGAACUACAAGGCUGCAUAUGACAACUGGAAUGAACAGCGAUUGGCGUUGAAUAAAGACAUUCAUGUGGCUACAAAAGAAGUGGUGGAUAAGUUACCAGGGAUCCAGCAAACUUCUGCUCAGGCUUUCAGUACACUGUUCCUUCAGCUAACUGUAAACGAUUUAGGGAUCUGUUUACCCAUCACAAACUCUUCACAGAAAGGACAUAUACCAGUAGUUGAAGGCAUCAUUUUACCCUGUCCCUCCUCACCAAAAAGGAGUUAUGAAGCAGGGGCCGGCAGAUCUAUAGGACAGACAAAAUAUGAAAAAAAAUCCCAGGCCAAUCACAGCAUUGAUUUAGACACGGGCUCAGCAUUGGUUCUCACCAUUGAGAGCACUCUGAUCACCGCCUGCUCCUCAGAGUCUCUGGUCAGCAAAGGUCACUUUAAAAACUUCUGCAUACGAUUUGCUGAGGGCUUUGAAACAACUUGGGAUGACUGGAAACCAGAAGCGAGGGGAGAUAUGAUCAUAAAUGCUUGUGUGGUACCAGAUGGCACAUAUGAAGUUUGUUCUAGAACCACUGGGCAACAGUCAGCAGAGAGCAGUAGUGCUGGAACCUGGACCUUGAAUGUGCUGUGGAAGAUGUGUGGAAUUGAUGUCCAUAUGGAUCCCAACAUCGGAAAGAGACUAAACGCUCUUGGUAACACACUCACUUCCCUGACUGGUGAGGAGGAUGUGGAUGAUAUUGCUGACCUGAACUCCAUCAAUAUGGCUGACAUCUCGGAUGAGGAUGAACCCAACACCAUGUCUCCCACCAUCCAUACAAAUACAGAAGGACCUACUGUAACUGGAUUGGACUUCACUAGACUUACAUUUCGGAAACGGCUUGUAAAUCAUCUGCUUGGUGUGAGUCCUAAAAGCCAGAGAAAUUCAGUUCCGGCAGAGUUUCCCAGUGAUUGCGACAGUUCUCAUUCUAGCAGAUCCAGCUCCAGACCAUCCAGGCCUCUCUCCUGGGGAUGUGAGCCAAUUGAACAUCGGCGCCAGGGAUCAACUGGGGGUCCGAUAAUUGAAGGACGAGGAAGGAAGUUAACGAAACGCUUAGUGGACAUCAGAGAACUGAAUGAGCAGGCUAAAGUUAUUGAUGACCUAAAAAAAUUAGGGGCAAGUGAAGGGACCAUAAACCAAGAAAUCCAACGCUAUCAACAGCUUGAGUCUGUAGCCGUGAAUGAUAUCCGGAGGGAUGUUCGAAAAAAGCUGAGGAGAUCCAGCAUGAGGGCAGCCUCUUUAAAAGACAAAUGGGGUCUAGGAUACAAACCCAGUAAUAGUAGGUCAAAGAGUAUAUCAGCUAAUGGGAGACCUCCACUGAAGAGGAUGGAAUGCGCAAGCUGUCGAAUAGGAGAUGCUGAAGACCCGCCAGAAAUCCGUGUAGAUGCCAGCUCCCCUGCACCACGAGUGACCUUCAACAUGCAGGACACGUUGAAUAAUUCAUCUUUUGACAUUGCACAGCAGUCCUGCAGUCCUGGUGAAAAGUGUUUCAAGUUUCCGGAGGAGACAGAAACGGACCUGUUGUCAGUCACCAUUGACGACCGACUUCAUUUUCCAUCUGUUAGUGAAGGAUCAUGGUCAGUGUUCAGUACACCCAACACUCCGGUUGUCUUCUUACCAACCAUUCCCUUCCAGCACGAAGAUAGCAGGCGAGAUGACAGCCUGUCAUCGUCCAGUCAUGACUCUGACAAAGAGGAGGAUUAUGACAGGGAGAGACCCUGCUAUUACAGGAGAACACCGCAAACUUCAGGCAAAAAAUCCUUGGGAUUUGCUGCUGUGAGCCAAGUUAUCAGUGAGCGCUGGCCGGGAACACCUGCCAACAAAAGCAUUUUGAGUGCAACUGUUGAGAGAAACAUAGAUUUUGAGAUGGAUAUUCGGGUUGAGAUUGACAGUGGGAGAUGCGUGCUGUAUCCAGCUACCCAGCCACCAGAACAUGAUGACAUAAGCCUGCAAAGGAGUUAUGACCGAAGUUCAAGGAGCUUGGAUCAGGAGUCUCCACCGAAAAAGAAGAAACUUCAGCCAACUUAUACAUCAGCUACACAUUUGCUGUCUGGAAAGAAAGUUCCAUCUUCUCUACAGACCAAGUCAAGUGAUUUUGAGACUACAGUGUUCUACAUACCUGGAGUAGAUGUAAAGUUGCACUACCAUUCUAAAACUAUGAAGACAGAAUCGCCAAAUGCUUCCAGAGGAUCCUCUUUGCCAAGAACCUUUUCCAAAGAGUCCAAACUGUAUGGUAUGAAAGAUAGUGGGACUGCCCCUCCUCCCACUACAACCCAAAGCAAGACUAACACGCUUCUUCCUCCCCCACCCCCACCUAUUCCAUCAGCCAAAGGGAAAGGAAGCGGAAGUGUGAAAGCAGCUAAGUUGUAUGCAUGGGUGGCACUGCAGACUCUGCCAGAGGAGAUGGUCAUCAGUCCAUGCCUUCUGGACUUUCUUGAGAAAGCCUUGGAAACCAUACCAAUAACUCCGAUUGAGAGGAACUACACAACUAUCAGCUCUCAGGAUGAAGAUAUGGGUCAGUUUGACUCUGUGGAUCAGCUGGAGGAGUCCACCACAUCCCUGGUCUCGUCCUCAACAUUUGCUUACUCCUCAUUUCCUGUCGAUGUGGUGGUUUAUGUGAGGGUGCAGCCAUCUCAGAUCAAAUUUAGCUGCCUGCCCAUGUCGAGAGUGGAGUGCAUGUUGAAGCUGCCUUCCUUGGACCUGGUGUUCUCCUCAAACCGAGGAGAGCUGGAGACUCCGGCCACUACUCACACAGCAGAUGGGGGCCCCCCUGCCGGCCCCACCACACCCCUCGUUCAGAACGUGCUAAAGACUGCAGCCAAUAAAGGUCCCUCACCAGGACUUGGAAGUCCUCUUGGCAGAACCAGGCACAGCAGCAGCCAGUCAGACCUGGCCAGUUCCAACGCUAGUUCAUCAGGACUGAGUUUCACAGCUUGUAUGUCGGACUUCUCACUGUAUGUGUUCCAUCCCUACGGAGCCGGGAAACAAACAUCAGCUGGCCAUCCUGGUUCAGGCCCACUAGGUGCUGUGGAUGAAGAGACCUCUUCUGUCACGGGUCGUAAAGACUCCCUGAGCAUCAACCUGGAGUUUGUGAAAGUGAGCCUGUCCAGGAUGAGGCGCUCCGGAGGGGCUGUCUUUAUUGAGAGCAUUGUGCCAGGGAAAGGGGGCAAGUUUGAGACCACUUUAAUUAACAUCUCAGCUGUAUGUGACAUAGGUUCAGCUUCCUUUAAAUAUGAUAUGAGGAGGCUAAGUGAGAUCCUGGCAUUUCCACGAGCUUGGUACAGGAGGAGCAUUGCGAGACGUCUCUUUUUAGGUGAUCAGACAAUAAAUUUGGCAGCUUCAGGGCCUGCAACACCAGACUCUGUUGAAGGGGUCAAUCAGCACCUUUCUCCUGAGUCAACCCGUAAAGCAUACUGUAAGACAUGGGACCAGACCUCCCAGUCAGCCUCUUAUCAGCACAGGCCACAGUCGCCUAAUGUGUUCAGCGAGCAUGCCCAAAACAACUGCAUGUCUCCAGGGGGGAUUUCCCACAGCCUCAAGUCUCCUGCUGUGUCCCGCUCCAGGAGUAUCUCGGACUCCUCUGCACCAAGAGAUUCCAUCGAUAAAACGUCCACACCAUCAUUUAACAAGGCCAAUAAAAUUGCCAGCCAGCAGGGCUCGCCCUGGGAGACGCUGGUCGUGUUUGCUAUUAACCUGAAGCAGCUAAAUGUACAAAUGAACAUGAGCAACAUAAUGGGGAACAACACUUGGACUACUAGUGGUUUGAAAAGCCAGGGCCGGCUCUCAGUGGGCAGCAAUAGAGACCGGGAGAUCAGCAUGUCAGUUGGCUUGGGAAGGUCAAAGCUGGACUCCAAAGGAGGUGUUGUGGGGGGCAAUAUUGAUGUUAAUACUCUGGAGAUGGUUGCGCAUAUCUCUGAACAUCCAAACCAGCAGCCCAGCCAUAAAAUCAAAAUCACCCUCGGCUCCACUGAGGCUCGCGUUGACUAUAUGGGCUCUAGUAUCCUGAUGGGGAUUUUCAGCAAUGCGGAUCUCCAGCUGCAAGAUGAAUGGAAAGUCAAUCUGUGUAACACCCUGGAAACAAGCUUGUCAGAGAAAAGUGAAGUCUUUGUCCACGGGGAUCUACAGUGGGACCUCUUCCAGGUUAUAAUAUCUAGAUCUACCACUCCAGACCUGAUUAAGAUUGGUAUGAAACUUCAAGAGUUCUUCACCCAGCAGUUUGAUACUAGCAAGCGGGCUUUGUCAACCUGGGGUCCUGUCCCAUAUAUACCUCCCAAAGCACCAGUCAUUAAUGUCGGAAAAGGUUCAAAUGAACAGUUCAUGGAUGCAGCUCAUCACCGCCACUGGCCAGGGGUUUUGAAGGUGAUCGCUGGGUGCCACAUAUCCCUGUUUCAGAUGCCUAUGCCAGAAGAUGCUGUUCAGUUGGGUGGAUCUAUGAGUCUCCAUGGGAACCACAUGACACUAGCCUGUUUCCAUGGGCCUAAUUUCAGGUCCAAGUCCUGGGCUCUCUUUCACUUGGAAGAACCCAACAUUGCAUUUUGGACUGAGGCUCAGAAGAUAUGGGAAGACGGUUCUAGUGAUGAUUCAACAUACAUCGUGCAGACACUAGACUUUAAUUUGGGUCACAAUACUAUGGUCACUAAACCUUGUGGAGCCUUGGAAAGUCCUAUGGCUACCAUCACCAAAAUAACUAGACAGCGUCAUGAAAACCCACCACAUGGAGUAGCAAGUGUCACAGAGUGGUUUAACUAUGUGACUGCCAUGAGAAAUGAAGAGCUAAACCUCCUUCGAAAUGUUGAUGCGAACAACACAGAGAGUGAGGCAGCAGCCAAAAGCUCCAGCCUGCUGAGUGGAUUCCGAGGAGGGUUGAGCUACAACCAUGAGACUGAGACUAUCUUCGCUCUGCCAAGAAUGCAACUGGACUUCAAAUCAAUUCAUGUACAGGAGCCAGAGGAGCCUUCAUUACAGGAAUCCAGCAGCAAGCCAAAGGUGGAAUGCAGUGUUGUGACAGAAUUUACUGAUCACAUAUGUGUUACUAUGGAUGCAGAGCUGAUCAUGUUUCUGCACGACCUGGUGUCCGCCUACCUGAAAGAAAAAGAAAAAGCCCUCUUCACUCCUCGCUUGUUUGCGACUCGACAAGGGCAAAGGAGUCCCACCAUCAUACACAAUAAGAAUUCUGGUGAAAAAGACAAGGAGGAGGCUAUUAACUACGCCACAGUGGACUGGAGAGAGUUUAUGUGCAAUACAUGGCAUCUUGAGCCUACACUGAGAUUAAUUUCCUGGACUGGGAGAAAGAUUGACCCAGUAGGAGUGGACUACAUUCUCCAGAAGCUGGGAUUCCAUCAUGCCAGGACCACAAUUCCAAAGUGGCUUCAGCGAGGAGUCAUGGAUCCCCUGGAUAAGGUUCUCUCAGUCCUGAUCAAAAAGCUGGGCACCACACUUCAAGAUGAAAAGGAAAAAAAAGGCAGAGACAAGGAGGAGCAUUAACAUACCUACUGAUUUUACCUUCAGUUCUUUAUGACACUUUAUGAAUUAAAAAGGUAUUACCUUGCAAUGGGAAAUGCUAUGUAAAAAGAGAUGAGGUGUAAUAUAUAUAUAAACACUGGAUAUGCCUUUGCUACCUUUACUUUUACAUUGACACAAUAUUUUUCCUGUGUAAAUGUAGCUGUAAGUGUCAGUGUAGCUGUUUACUGUGGAGUAUGCUGCUACUGUGUAAUGAUUUUUAACAAAAGUAUUGCACAUUUAUUGUGGUACUCUAUUUUGAAGAAAACAAGUAUGUAGUUUUAAAUUUGUUUAAUUUCUGCUCAACAUUCCAUUUUUAAAUGAUUAUGUGAAAUAGACUUAAUGUAUAUAAAACACUGCUGACUCUUCAAUGUGAAUUUCAUUUCUUAACAUAAUAAAUAUUGCCAUUACA